AUGCUUGCAUUGACUUCCAGAUCGGUUCUUCGCAGGAUACGACCGUGCCGUGUUUCUGUUGGUGCUUGUCAAAAACUUUCAUUGGCUCGCGAUGUUCAAUCCUACUUUGAUUACUGCUCAAAGAAUAAAGUAGCCAUGGAUUCGAAAGUUUUCAAAGGCACUUUAUACGAAUUUGCUACUAAACACUUUCUUGAAACUAAACUCAAUUGUCUUGAGCUAAACAGAAUCGGUGGUGCUUUUGAUAAUGGGGUUGAUAUCUAUGGGAAAUGGAAUCUACAACCGUACGUUGACUUUGAAUUGCAAAACUUAAAUGGAAAGCUGAUUGAUCGUUUGACCAAAAAGCCAUUCAAUAACGGGAAGGAACUUUAUUUAAACAUCUUGGUUCAAUGUAAAAACUAUAGAAAAAAAAUUAAUGCUUCAACGAUAAGAGAAAUCCCCGGUAUAUACAAUUAUCAUAUAAAAAAUAAGCACGAAGCCAAUAACACUUUCUUCUUUUUGUUUUCUCCAUUCCCCUUAACAAAACAAGGUCAAUCGCAAAUAGACUCAACUGAUGUUCCUAUAAUUCACUUCAAGUUAUCCCCACUAACUCUCGAAUCGUCGGGGAACCCUUAUGAUUUGAAAAAUUGGCUUGGUGGUGAGUUAAAUUCGGUUUAUAUGAAUGAAAAGGCUCGAUCCCUACUAAAAGGCUUCCGGAUGGAUAUCCACUGGCAGCUACUUACAUGA